CGGUUGUCAACGUUCAUUCCGUGGCGGCAUAGCCAAGACGGUAUGUCUGCUCUGCAUUCGAUCCGUAUUGACCGGGCGGACGAACUAGAACUUUGGGGGUAUCGUGCUUCGGCGUCGCGUUUCCGCGGAAAUAGUGUAUAAUUUGCAAUCUGCACAGAAGAUGGAUAUAAAGAUAGGAAUUUGGUCACUGGACCAGCCAACUGUCCUCGAGUGCAUCUUGGCGACCUUCGCAUUAUUUUUACGUUCGUAUCUAAAGUGCGAACUUUGAAGUGCAUUUCAAGAUUGUUUUGUUUACAAGUUUCGCAUUGCAGAGGUGCCCGCAGAGGGAAAUGUGUGCGCGAAAUUAAAGUGACGAAUUAGUUUAAGAUUGUGCGUAAAUUGAUUCUAUGACACCACCCACUCGGCCGAGUAGGACGCGCGAAAAAAUCUUGCUCAGUAUCUAUCGCGUUAUUGUAAAUUAAGUGCUGAAUUCGUUCAGCCGCCCUCGCUCUUUACGUUGCGCAUUCGACCCGCGAGCCAGACAUUCCGAAUUUUGUGCUCGAACCGUCCUACUUACAUGUCCUAAAUUACACAAAAAAACCCAAGUGAAGUUUAUCGAUUUUAUGUAAAUCCGAGAAUUUUCGCUAGCACGCUCCUGCAUGGGUCCUUGACACGCCACCUCCCUUGUGCCCGCAGGCCCUUGGCAACGGCCGCAGGACGUUUGAAAUUGGAAAAUCAAAAAGCGAAAUGCCUGCCUGAGCAGCAGUAACAACGUAAAAGGUAGACGACAGUCGGCAGUUGGAAGAAAUUUUCCCGUCAGCAUCGCACUCGUCACACGGCGCCGGACCGUGUUUUGAAUGUGAAAACAUGCAUUGAAUGGCAAUCGAUUGUCGCACCCGAGAAGAGUGGUUAAAAUUAGUGCGUGAGCAGUGAGUGAAUAAUUGUAAGAAAUCGGAAAUGAAGACCAGACUCGUUGCAUUGACAUGGCGGGGAUCAGCGUCAGUGGACCCUCGCUUCUCAGCGGCUAUGCUUCCAUGGACGAUCAACGAUAUCAGAACAAGAGAGUCCUUUCAAAAGCUCUCUGUGGGUAUUGAGAAUGGAUUACUGGAAGCUUACAAUGCGGAUUUCGAACUUCAAUUUUCUCACAACCUUCGUUACGUUGUUGGCAUGUGUCGAAUAAUUCAGCAUCGAAACGGAAAAGGAGGAUACGUCCAGUGCAAGGCUGGCAAUAGUACAAACAAUGGAAGCAAUGGCGUGAAAACGGUUGAUACUAAUUUCAUGGAAUUUCUGGGCCCCAUAACUGGAAUGGUUUAUCUGCUGAAGGAUCCAAAGGAUCCUUUGCUCCACAUCCAUCUGUACGAGUGCGAAUCGACUGAAGAGAUGACCGAAUUGAUGCAGCAAAUGCGCGAUCCAGUGCACACUUUAGGCGGAUCGGUGGGAAAUAUUCCACAAACGUUUGUCGCGUCCGAGAUUUCUUUGCAGAAACCAUUACGUGGUAAUGGGUUACAAACAACACCUGCCUCACACUUCAAAUUAUCGGAGUCUGUACGAAAUGCACAACAUGAUGCAAGUCCAAAUCUCGUAUCAUCCAAGAUGUCAUCGUCGAAAAGCUAUACACAUGGUUUAAGUAAUUCUGCAGGCACGGUUCAUAUUCCAGUGAGUACAUCAGCUUCUGCAAAAUUAUCCCUGCUCAGCGACAUCUCACCAAAUCAUUCACACUUCUUUGAAGUUAUGUACGUUGGAAAAAUCCGUGUAUCACAUAAAAGAGUUCCGUUCACAUUCAUUGACGACGCCUUACCCAGAUUCAAAGCGUAUGAUGCGCAAAGGUCACGAUUAUUGCAUGAUUCAGCUACUCGGGAAAGUGGUUCAUUUGAACAUCUUAGUAGUACGAAAGAGGAACCGGAAAGAAAAGAUGAGAAUGAAGAGGAUAAUUCUGCUACUAAUGAGGAAACAAACAGUGAAUUGAAAAUAGUAGAGAGUAAUGACAGCGAUACUAAAGCAGAAAAUACAUCAAAGGAACAAACAGACACUGAUGAUAAGGAAAAUCAAUCACCAAAGCGAUUGCUGCGAGGGCAAAGCCAAAUUGUACUUCCCGUGAAGCAAGAUGGAACUGUUCAGCCAGUGCCACCAACAACAAAAAUAAUAACAACACGACCAACAUCGCCGCCUAAAAUUAUAGAAGAGUCCAUCCCAAAGCAACGUGACCGUUCGGCUUCCAUUGGCUGCAUUCCCCAAGUUCAAGUAGAACAAAAUCGUACUAUGGUCUUUCUUGUUGGAAGAUCAGAUCUUCGCCUUAUAUCGCCAGACAGAAAACAAGUGUUAUUAUAUAAAGACUUCAAAGAUGUAGCAAGUUGCGUACAGGGUCAUAAAAAUGCAGAUCACUUUGGGAUUAUAUGUCGCGAAGCACACAACGACGGAUAUAUUGGCUAUGUAUUCAAAUGUCAAUCCGAUCAUGUAGCAGACGAUAUUGUAGCGGCUAUCUCGCAAGCCUUCGUCACAUGUUCUGAACAAAAGAACAAAGAAAAAGCACAGAUAUUCUCAUGUGAACAUUGUCCAAUGCUGUGGUAUCAUAAGUUAUGCGCUGAUAUAGAAGGACAUUCUGAAAAGAAAACUCAAAAUAUUAUAUUUCGACGAAUUGAAACAUUAUCAGAUGACGAGCAAGAUAUCAUCUGGGCAAAAUACUAUGGAUCAGAAAAGAUUAACAGUCAUAACUUAGGGGAACAAAAUCAGUUUUUAAUGAUGCUUUUACGAGCUCACUGUGAAUCGAGACAACAAAGACAUGUUCACGAUACGGCAGAAAACCGAUCGGAGUUUCUGAAUCAAUACCUUGGUGGUAGCACGAUAUUUAUGAAAGCUAAACGGUCCUUAACAAGCUCAUUCGAUCAUUUAUUAAAGCGAAAAGGUAGUAAGGAUGAUUGUACAGGUACGAUGCACAAUAUUCGUGAUUCUCACGUAAAACAAGCAGGGUCAGACGGAGGUUUUAGUAGUGGAGAAGGAUCAUCCGGUGAACAAACUGGGCGACCACGAUCAAACACUAUCGGUUCAAGCCCUAGUAAUAAACCAUCACCAGAACAAUUAAAAUCGCCAAUGAUGGAUAUAUUUAUGAAGGUAGGAAACAGCCCUAAAGAGAAUACAACCCCUCAAGGAUCCUGGCGUCAAGCGAUUCUCAACAGUGUCGUGACUCCAUCGAAAAAUGGAGAGGGCGUGACUGAGUCUGAUUUGCUGUCACCAAUGCGAUCAUUCAAUUCAAAAUACGGUCGAAGAACCAAAGAAGAAUUGCGUGAACUCUGGAGAACAGGAAUACGUCAAACAAUUCUACUUGCGCGAAUGGAAAAGGAGAACGCACGUCUGCAGGCCAGACAAAAUGAAAACGAGUUGAAGAAAAUUAAAUUGGAUUAUGAUGAAAUAAUUCCUUGUGAUAAGCAAGCUGUGGAACGCUGGGAAACGCUCAUUGAGCGAGAUUCCGCAAAGAUUGGAAAUAAGAAAGAUCCAAGAGUUCUAUUACAAGCUCUGAAAACGGGCGUCCCUCGUUCAAAACGAGGCGAAGUUUGGAGUUUUUUGGCUGAACAAUAUUCAAUGAACACGGCUCCCGUCGAUACCAAGAAAUUCCCUAACUACAAUACACCGUAUCAAAUUCUUUUGAAAAACUUAACGGAACACCAGCAUGCAAUCUUCAUUGACUUGGGGCGGACGUUUCCGAACCAUAAAUACUAUAAAGCGGCAUUGGGAGUUGGUCAACUCUCGCUUUUCAAUUUACUUAAAGCUUAUUCAAUUCUCGAUCCUGAGCUAGGAUAUUGUCAGGGCUUGGGCUUUAUUUGUGCUGUUCUAUUAUUACAUGCUGAAGAAGAGGAAGCGUUUAAUUUACUCAAGCAUCUGAUGUUCCGUCGUCAAAUGCGUACAAAAUAUUUGCCUGAUAUGAAAAAAUUUCAACUUCAAUUGUAUCAACUUUCACGACUUGUGAAAGAUCAUUUACCAGACUUGUAUUCAUGGUUGGAUCAGAAUGAUGUUUCACCAACCUUGUACGCUGCUCCAUGGAUAUUGACAGUGUUCAGUUCUCAGUUUCCGUUGGGAUUUGUAGCGCGUGUAUUUGAUAUGCUUUUUUUAGAGUCCUGCGAAGUAAUAUUCAAAGUGGCUCUGGCUAUAUUAACGGUUCACAAGGACGAGCUUUUGGCUAGAGACAAUUUUGAAGAUAUAAUGGACUAUCUGAAGACGAUUGUACCAAAAAUUGAUUCGCAACACAUGGAAAAGACUAUGAAGUUGGCAUUGAAUCUGGAGAUUACAAAACAUCUAGCAGAAUAUCAAGUCGAAUACAAUGUUCUCCAAGAAGAAAUCUCAACUGCUAAUCACCAUUUAGAAGCACUGAAUAAGGAACGAAUUCACAACCAACAUCUAGAAACGGAACUUCAAUUUGCUCAGUCUAGUAUAGCCCAAUUGGAGAAAACGCGAAGCUCGCAACAAACACAAAUCACAACGCUCCAAUCACAAGUACAAAGUCUUGAAAUCACUAUACAAACUCUGGGCCGCUACAUAUCGCAAUUGGUUGAUCGUAACCAUAACUUGGAACUGCCAGCGGAUAUACGACGCAUAAUUCAACAAGUAGAAAACCUAGAAAUUCAGCGCAGGAAACCAAUAUUCGUAGAACGGAAAAUUGGCAAAUCAGUAUCGGUUAAUUCGCAAAUGGGCUUCCCACUUAAGGUUUUAGAAGAGUUAGCUGAGAAAGAAGGCGAGGGGUCACCAGUAAAAAAGAAGAACUCUUAUUUUGAACAUACUUUCGAACAGCUUCGACAACAAAAAAGUGGUCCAAAUCGGCCCAAUCAGUUAGGACAUCUUGGGGAAUCUAUGGAAAAAGAUGUUGUUAUAAAACGAGAGGAAAUCAAAUUGCCAGAACAUGUUGAAAAGAUGAUUAAUAACAUGAAAAGUCCUUCGGAUGUUGAUAGUGGUAUUGGAACUCCCGUUAGUCCACCAGAAAAGCGAAAGCCUAUUGAUGAAAACUUAUCACCCAAAGUAAUCGAAUUGCCUUCACAAAAGCUAGAAGAUAUGCACCCGCUCAGCAUGUGCGGCGAUGUGAAUGUUCGUUUUCAUGGAACGACUCAGCUGAAAACCAUUCGUCCGGUUCACUCACGGCCAGCGACCAUUUCAUCGCGCACAUCGAGUGUUGAAGACAGCGAACCGCCAGCGAAGACUGGACGAAGCUAACCCCUUUGAUUUAUUAUGAAAUUCAUCCGGGAAGUAUUCUGAUUUCACCCUUACUUAAAUUUUCACUCACGCUAGAAUUGUGUAGGAACAAUUCUAAGAAACUUCGCAACACCGCUAUUUCAUGUGGCUGGUGGACACAAUUUAUUGACAUAGUGCAAACGAAUUGUAUUUGUAUUAUACUCGAAAGUUGGAGGACUCUUAUUAUCGAAUAUUGACUAGUUCACAGUUACGCUUUGUAUGAAAUUUCAUGCAAGACCGGAAUAGAAGUAGGACCAUGCGCGCUUGCAGAAAUUCCAUGGUGACAGUAAAUCGCAAGAAAUUUCGUUGCUUAUUAUAUAUUUUUAAGACAUAUUAUAUAAGAGUAAAGAAUAAGACAGAAAGUAUUUUAGUGUAGUAAAUGAAUAAUAUGUGAAUAAGCCGAUUCGAAAGUUAUUUUUUAGCAUCGCAAUGUUCGAGACAGCCUUAUGCUGGGGUCUUACCACAAUAAUGGAUCAUUUCUCAGAUAUUCAUUGGUCAGGAUUAAUUUGACAUAAAAUGGAGAAAAAAUUAAUGUUAAAAUUUCUCGUUGGCUCAUUUUUUGUUACGAAACAUGGUUUUUUGCUUUUUUAACAUA